CACAAGCAAAAUAGCUUUGGCCCACUCUCAAUGUUUGCUGCAGUUGCACGAACAACAGGUGGAAUGAACCACCAGCAAAACCAGUGCAAAUACCAGUGUUUAAAGAACAAGGCUGAGCUGGUUCAUAGCUUUAUAACUGACAUUUAAAAGCUGAAACAUUAUCUUUACAACACAUAACCUAGAAUGUGCGUACAGAAUGUGCAUAUAAUCCGAACAGCAAGUUCCUAUCCAUGUUUAUUGAAACUUACAAAUGUAAAUGGAUCUUACUUCUGAGUAAAUAUAUAUAGGAUUCAACUGAUCAAGUAUUUGGACGAGAUGGGAGAGAUGCUUUGUUUCAACUGGCCCUAGACUUUACCAUAGCUUUCCCAGCUGUAAGAAAUCUUAGUAUAGAUGCAUUUUAAGAAUUACAGAUACUAUUUUCAAAAUAUGUUUCCUACGAAGUCCUAUUCAUGACAAAUUAAUCUGUGUUGUAUGGUUUAAGGACUAUCACCAAAGUGAUCUCCAAUAAACAUUUCAAAGGCCUUAUGAAGAUGUGUUAAUGAGGAGUUCCUUAAGAAAUUUUAACGAUAAAACCAGGCAGAUUUUCCUGUGCUACUUUAGAUUGUUACCAAAUUCACUCUGUUCAUGCCCCCCAUAGGUUUUCUUCAAAAGGUCUUGAACAAGCCAAUUUCUUCCCCAAACAGAUGUAUAAUACACAAAUGUAUAAUAGCUUAUAUUGUUUCCCAGCUCUACCUGAAUAUGCCAGGGAUUGAACCUAUAAACCUUUUCAUGCAAUGAAUGUGCUGUGCAACUCAGUUAUGGUCCCUAUAUAUACUCACUUUCUUGCCUCUACACAUACUCCAGUUCUAAGACUCAGAUUCAAGGAUCUGCCUACAAAAAACAUUCCUCUCUAUUUUACUAUCUCAAAGAAACAUAUAGCUAAAUUAAAUUAAAUCAGUACUAGUUUGUUUUUUGGUGGGUUUUGUGAUUGGGUUUAAUUUGAAGAUUAUUUUAUAUCUGAAAUAAAAAUAAUGAAUAGUAAGUUUUGAAAUUAGUAAUGGUUGGGCUUGGCAAAGGCCUAGGCAUAUGCUGAAGUCUACUAUUUAGUUUUCCUAACAGCGCAAAUAAUGUUAAAUAUGUAUAAUUGUUUGUAAAAGUCUAUGAAAGCCUGAUUCUAUGAGUGUUUACUUCAGAGUAGGUUUUGCAACACUCAAUGAAGCCAAUUCUCAUGUAUACAUACACAGAAUUAGAGAAUCAGGUUCUGAUCAUAAAUCUAUUCACUUUGAAUGAAGUCUAAUGAAAAAAAAGUUCCUGUGAAUUCAAAGUAUGCUUAGAACUGAAAGUGUUAUGAUCAGUUCACUGAAGGGAUUCAGAUUACUGCACUAAAAACAUACGUUAUUAAUGAAUAAAUAAUCAAAGCUGUAUCAUAUUAUUUAUCAACACUUACAAUUAUUCCAUCAGUAAAGAAAUGAAAAUAAUUCCAUAUUUAUGUUAAUAAUGUUCCACAGUCCAAUUUGGAUACCAACAAACUUUAAGACAGCGCAGUACCUGAAGUUAAAGUGAACCAAACUCAGGUUUCUCUUUGGGUGUGAUGUACCAUAACAGAAAAAAACAGAACAAUUAAAACCCAUAGGCUGUCCCAGAACUAAAUUAAAGUGCCCAGCUUUUAAUAAGAUUAAAAUUGUGUUUAAAAAACCCAGUAUCUAUAUAAAUGGAUCACUACUUCACAUGUAUCCAUAUAAAAUACUUUCCCCCCUCUUCAACAGAAAGUUAUCUUGCUUAGCACUCUGAAUACUGAAGGCAAGCUGUCCUUCAGAAUUACAGCUGAAGCUUUUCCACUGACUUUCCACAUUUGUUUUUCACCAGACAUCUGACCUGAUCAAAAGUACAAGUUUUAUGUUGCCAUUAAGAUUAGAAAAGGUACUUUUUGCCAACAAAUCAUGUUAUCAGAGAAAGUAUUCAGAAGGCCAGAAUCACUUGCUGCCUUCAAAUAGUAGAGAAGCAUCACAUAUCCAGCUGCAUGUUACUUUGGUCAGAUUCCCUGGGCCUAUUGAAAUGCAUAGGCCAUCUGUGCACAUUUCACAGUUCAAACACACAUUGCAGCUUUAGUAAAUAUCCUCCUACUUUAAACUAUUUCAGAAUAAAAACACAAAGACAAUAACUCCACAACAGAGCUGCCCAAGCUGUACCAAAUGUGACUUGCAAUAAUCACCAUAUUUUCCAAGCUUCUAUUCCACUUUUGCAAAGUACUAAAUAGAAUUUAAACUGGGCAAAUUGCACCCUUACAGCAAAGUUUUACUCCAGAUCAAUGGGAUUUAUAAAUAAGAUAUAUAGGAUUGGCUUUAAUUUUUAUGAUCAGGUAAAAUGGAAAGUUUGAUUCUUAAGUCCUUAAUAAAAACAAAUGAGAGGUCUCAGCAGAAACAGGUGACACUGAAAAUGGCAUUAACAAUAUUUACUUCAUGUAAUGUUAUUCAAACAUGCAUCAUUUCAUGGAUCACAAACAUGCUAAAUAAAUGUGUUAGUUAUUAUUAUAAGCAAGUAUAAAACCCUUUGCAAAGUCAGGAUCUCAAAAGUGACAUAACCUAAACAAAUUAACUAUACACAAUCAGGUGCUUCUAUUUCAUACUGCCAAUCUUAAAUACAAAAAAUUCAAAUACUAUGUAGACACUUCAGGGAAAAGCCUUUUCCAAGUCACCCUUUGAGUCAACAUCUGUCUCUCUACAUAGCAGAAAGUUCCCAAGACCACUACCAACAGUAAGUAGUUAUAUAUCUAUAUUUAGAUAUAGAUAUCCCCACAUAUACUAUAUAAGAACAGCAGAUUGGAAGACUUUUUGUAUAUGCCCAGAAGCAAAGCAUCAACGUGGAACAAAAAAACCCAAAGCAAUAAAACAAAAAUCAAUGACACUUGAUUACGUAGGAAGGAAUAAAUAAACACUAGACAAGAGCAUGGAAUGUGGCAUUUUCCUUUACCCAACGAGUGAGCAAAUUAUAAUAUACAAAUAUCCUCUACAGUACUGGCCAAGAUCAGAACACAAUGCUGAUACCUUUCACUCUGCAUCUCCCUCAAAAAAAAAACCCCAACCCAAGCAAACCCCCAAACCCAAAUAUAACCAACCAGGAAACAAUCAAACCGCUUCUUAUAGUCAAAAGUAAAAAGAGAGAGAGAAACAACCCCCCCUCCCACCAGCAAUCCAGAUCUGCUUGCCUCAGAGUGAAAUUGUGGAGCAGGAGCAGGCAUUGCUCGCCUUACCUCCUUCUCCCAUACCCAGAUAGGCUUACCUUAGCUGCCCCCCACUUUUAUUUCCUUUCCUGGAGCAGUGGAGAGAGAGACACACACAAAGGGUAAUAAAGGGGGAGGAGGGGAGAGCAGGGGGAUGGGGGGGGGAGAGAGAGCUGGCUUCUGCUGCUGCUCCUGCUGUGUGUGUGGUGAGGUGUCUCCAGCCAGGGCCAAAAAGCAGCAGCAGCAGCAAUAGUAGUAAGAGGAGGAGAGGGGGGACUGUGUUGCUAAGAGGCUUUAGCUCUCUUCUCUCUCUCUCCUCUGACGGCCGAAGCGGGGGAAGAAACUCUCCUUCUCUCCUGUCUCUCUCUGGGAUCCUCUAGCUAGGCUGCGGGUGGGGGAGAAACUCAAAUCUCCUCAGGCCGAGCCCUCCCCGCAAACCAUUUCAAGGUGGAAUUAGUGCUCUGUCCCUUUAACAAUAUAAAUAAAAGGUUCCCCAAUCUCCCCCCCCUUCCCUCUCUUCUUCAUCAUCAGCUGCUGCCGCUGCUGCUGAGGCUCUGGUUCUGGCUGAGAGAAAGAUGGGAGGCUGUCACUGCGCAUGCGCCCCAAGGGAGCUUGCUGGGUUGAAGGAGGGGGGGAGGGAAAAAAGGUUGCCUCCCACAAUGCCGCGCGCCGCAAGCGAACCCGGAAAAGGAUUCCGCGAAGGUGGGAGGAGAAAAGGGGAGGGGAAAAAAAAGAGAGAAAAAAGAGGGGAGACCGGAAAUUGCGGGAGGGGAAAUCAAGAGGGCAAAGGCGGAAGUAAGCCAAUGGGCGGAGGCGAAGAGGAGUAGAGUCGGAGAGAGAGACGCAGGAAACCCGUUGACUCGGAGCCGCUGCGCUUGUAAAUAGAUCGGCGCCCUCACGCGGGGGUCACGUGAGAGAGGUGCGCUCUCUCGCGCGCGGAGGUUGCCGGGAGGGCACUCAUCAGAGCUUGGCGGCGGGAGCUCGGAGUAACGGCGGCGGGCGGGAGCCGAGAGCGAGAGUGACGGCGUGGGGGGGGGGGAGAGGCGCGCGCUCGCUUGCUCGGGAGUUUCCUGUGAGCGUCGCAGGUAACGGUCGGUCCAGGACGUGGUUUUGAGGAGGGUGGGGGGAAGGUGAGCGCGCGGGAGCUGCGUGGAGGAGGGCGGGGCGCAGUUUAAAAUGCCUCAUCUUGGCUUCGGUUUUUUUGGGUGGUGGUUUUUUAAAACGGGACGUUGGUUCUGAAGCGGUUCAACGGCUCUUGCACCUGCCCUCUCGCCCUAUAAGCUGGGAAGGCGUGUUGGGCUGCUCUUUUCCUCAAGGCGAAAUAGUGGUGGGCUGGGGGGGGGGCUUUCGUCCCCACUUUUUUUUUUUAAGGAAUAAGGAUCUGUAGGUGGGUUGUGAGAACGGGACACGGCCAUGGUGUCAUUAAGCCCAAGGCAGGAUAUUAGCAGGGGCGGUGGUUAAAUAUGCACAGUGGGGGGGAAGAAGCGGCUGGAAGGCUGGACACCCUGGUGGGAUUCUGCAGGGACCUAGGCAGGCUAGUCCCGGAUAAUACUAUUUGCAGCCCACUUGGUUAUAAUCUGUUCUUGACAUUGACGACAUCAUGCCCAUGGUGUGUUUUGAGUUUAAGCACCUUUUUUUGCAUUUACGUGCCAGCCCUGUCAAAGUUACAGCAGCCAUAUAGAAUAUCGAAAAGUUCAUUUAUUUCAGUAAUUCAACUUAAAUGGUGAAACUAAUAGAUGAGAUAGACUCAGGACAUGCAAAGUGAGAUAUGUCAAGCCUUUAUUUGUUAUAAUUGUGAUUAUCAUGGCAUACAGCUGAUGAAAACCCCAAAUUAAUAGUCUCAGAAAAUUAGAAUAGUAAAUGAAAUCAGCAAAACAAGGAUUGCAAAUAGAGCGAUAUUGGACCUCUGAGAAGUAGAAGCAUGCAUAUGUACUCAGUACUUGGUUUGGGCCCCUUUUGCAUCAAUUACUGCCUCAAUGUGGCGUGGCAUGGAUGCUAUCAGCCUGUAGCACUGCUGAGGUGUUAUGGAAGACCAGGCUGCUUCAACAGCAACCUUCAGCUCUUCUGCAUUGUUUCACCUGUAGCUUCUUCUCCCUACCUCCAAAUAGAUAGAGAAACUGUUAAGUAUUGAGGACAAAUAUAGGAAUUAGAGGCUGGCUGAGUGUUGACAUACGUAAAGUGUUUGUAGGUGGCAUAAAUUGCACAUGUAUUAUUUCUGAAGUGUCUUGACUUUGCUGUAUUUGACAGCACAUCCUUCUUCCAUUUCAGCCCUCGUACUACUUGACAUGUGUUGCGUAAAUUGCUCCUGCCAAACUUCCAGUUGAAAAUUAUAGUGUGUGAGCCCCUCAGGGUAGGAAUCUGGUUUCUUGUUCUUUGUAAAGUAUCAUGUCUGUUUGUUUAGAGCAUUUGCAUGCCCACUUCAACCAAAAAGGGCUCCCAGAAUGGCUUCCAUAAAAUGAAUAAAAACAAGACAGUCACUGACUAGAGGCUCACAGUCAAAAAACAAAUCACACAAGGGACAGAGAUGGAAAAGAGAAAGCAAACUCAGGCACCAAGUCAAACAGUAGUUCCUACAGUGACUAGCUAGUAUAGAAACAGAUUGGUUGGCAUCAGAGAUGUCUGAUGGGAGUUGGUCUUUCAGCAGAGCUGAUGGGAUGAGAGCCCUACUUCCCAUUUCUCCUUCUGACAUAGCCUGAUGGAAUUGCUACUGCCAGGUGACAGUUGAUGGUGCUGUAUAAAUAUAAUACUGUGGUGAUAAAAUUAUGAAGUUAUAAACAAAGAUCAGAAAUGGAGGACUGUGGUAUAUAUAUGGCCAGCUGGUAUGAGAUGAAUAAACUGAAGCGGAUUGGGUUUAAAUGGAGGUCAAAAUUGGGUUGGAGACUGCCUACUGUAAAGUCUCCACCCCCCUUUUUUUCUAAAAUCUGAAUGCAAAAGUAGCACUGGAGUAAAUUAAUCUCUUUAUUGUGGCUAUCACUACUGCUUUUCAAAUACUAGGUUUUUUCUGAGCUAUAGGGGCUUGUCUCUACUUCUGCUUGUCCCACUGCUUUCUGCGUAUUGAUGUUUGUUCCGAUUCAGCAGUAACAGUCACUUUUCCCCGGGGAAAGCAGUGGGGCAAACAGAAAACUGUACAUAGUCUUAAUGUCAGCAACCUGUCUUCUGCCUUGGGUUCCAUUAUGCAAGAAAGGUGGGAUAUAAAUUAAUAAAAUAAUUGGUUUAAAGCAUCUGGCUGUGUUUUCUUUUCUGAAAAGUAUUGAUUAAAACUAGGUGCAUAAGAGUAAGCUGUGGUCUUUUAUUGUAUUCAGUUAAAUAAGUACUGAAAUUUGCACACUUCCCUUCCCAAAAUCAGCUUUGAGUCACUGCACAUUAGAACCCCUGGAACUGGGAGAUGGUCCCAUAUGACUUGCCCUAGCUGUGACUAUGUUCAACCAUGGUUUAACAUUAUGUGAACAAGGUAUCUAAUUAUAUUUUGCCAUGUUGUCCACACCAACAAAAUGUGGUUAGCAAUAAUUGUGGUUAGUUUUAAACAAGCCAACUUUAAACUGUGGUUUUUGCAGCUGUACUUUUAAAACCACAACUCUGAGGAAGGUGGCAAGCUAUGCUGAAUUAGAAGUAACUACACAGGAGGAAAGGUUUGAGCCAAAGGCUAGGCAUGGCUUGUCAUGUUGUGCUAAACUGUGGUUUGAACAUAGCUACUGUGCCCAUCCCAAGUUUAUUUUUGUUCAAGGUACUGUUCAAGCAUGAUGAUCCUAGGCCAAUAUAUGUAAGUAGGAAGGAAAUGGGGGUUUUGCACCCUGGAGUCAUAUGCACCUGACAUAAGCCCAUCUCAGUGUUGUAUUGAGCCCAAAACUUGUGACGAGCUUUUAUUCAUGAUGCACUCAAUUAUAGGCAAAAUAGAUAUACAGUGGUACCUCGGGAUGCGAAUGGGAUCCGUUCCGGAGCCCCGUUCGCAUCCCAAACAGAACGUAAGACGCGACAGCACGUCUGCGCGGGUCGCGUUUCACCGCUUCCAUGCAUGUGCGUGACGUCAUUUUGACCAUCUGCGCAUGUGCGAGUGGCGAAACCCAGAAGUAACACCCUCUGUUACUUUCGGGUCGCCACGGAGCACAACCCGAAAGCGCUCAACCUGAAGCGUAUUUAUCCCGAGGUAUGACUGUAAAGGCUUAGCUUUGGAUUACCCCAGAUGAUAUGUACCCAGGAAAGAGAUGCUUUAAUGUUGUGCCUAGCCCAACAUUUUAUAUUUGCUUGAAAUAUGUAGUGUGAAUGUUGGGGUAUAUUAAUUGGAGCCAAGUCUUGUUUCAGGGUGAAGAUCUCACAGUCCCUUAUGCAUCGUGUCUAUUUUCCAAAGAAAUGAAAUUAGUGUCUGAGCAUUACACUUCAUAUCACUUUCACACAGACCAUGGUUUGGGCAGAUGCUGACAUGCAUACUCUCUCUUGCUUUCUGAAUGGUGACAUGCAGUCAGUCAGGUGUUGUGAAGUGAGGCACUGGGUAAGGCUGCAUAGCUGCUGCCCUGUUUUAUUCCCAAAGUGUCUGAGCCCUGCUAUGAUGGGGCCCAGAGAUUCUGAGGAAAUGAGGAUGGCAGUAGCUUUUGUUUUGCCCUGCCCUUCUCCUCAGUGGUGGACUGAGUUCCACCAGCUGCCCCUAUUGCUGCUUGCCCAGCCUGUUAAGUUACUUCUGUCAGUGUGGAAAGCAGCACUGAACAGCACUGGACCACUGCAGAGAUGAUUGGUGGAGCUAAACCUGGCUCUGAGAAGAAAAGCACUGGGCAAAGCAUCUACACUGUUUUCAUUUUUCGGGGAUCACUGAGCAUCUUAUUCAGUGCCCCUUCCAACUUGGCACCAGCCCUGCUUGCAAGAAAAUGAAGUUUAAAACUAAACACAAUUUUAAGACUUCUUGCAGAGAAUAAUGUUCCAGUGUCAUGCAUAUGAUUUGUAGUGGCCCAUAGCUUAUUUGGGGUCCACAGGUAUGCACAUUUCAGGCUUCUGUUGAAUAAGGAACCAUAAAACGAUGCAAUGCCAGUCUUAUGUGUGAGGAAGUUCUGCUGUAACACAAAAUGUUUCUCUUUUAGGGCUUGAAUUACAAUGAGCAAACGCAAGCUAAAGGAGGAUAGCUUUACAAAUGGGGAAUGCAUAUCAAAGGUUAGUAUAAUUGCUUGAAUAGGAGAAACAAAGUUAUAAAUGGGGGGGAGGGUUUGCUGACAAGUAUGUAUGUCCUACUUUCACAUGUUGAUUCUUUUGCGACUCAUGUGUAUGUACAAAUGAUGCAUUUGUGGAGAGAUGUGGAUUCAGUCAGUCUCUCACUCUUUUUAAGUGUGUAUAAAUCUCUCUCACACAAGCUCCUUUGAUAAAUUCUACCAAAACCAAUUCUGCUUACCAUCUGAUUGGAUGUGUAAAUGCAGCACCAAUGCAGUCGCUUACAGCUGCACAUACAAACCAAGGUCUUCAUGUGUAAACCAGCAAGAACACCCUCAAUUCUUCUCUGUGUGUCCCUUAAUCUAGUAAGGGAAUCCAUGUGUAGAAGCCCACUUUCACAAUUGCAUACCUAUGACUAGAUAAUUUCUGGAGUGUAUAUGUGUUUGUGUGUCACGAACUAAUGCUGUGGCUACUGCUUGUUAAUGUUUAGCUGGGGUGGGGUCAUAACGCAGUAGGUAGAUCACAUGAUUUGCUCUGUCUACCAAACUUUAGUUCCAGUUUUGGUCUCCAGCAUCAUCAGACAGGACUGGGAAAGAUCCUUGUCUGAAACCCCGGAGAGACACUGCCAGUCAGAAAAUACAUUGCUGAGCUAGAUAGCCAAUGGUCUGACUUGGUAUAUGGCACUUGCAAUGUUCCUAAGUAACUGCAUCCCUACUAUAAAGAAUCCUGGAAAUUUGUACUACAGCAGGGUGGGGGACAUUUUUCAGUCUGAAGGUGAAAGUAGACAGAACAACAAUGGAAUGCAAGAACUAUCAAACUGGUGCUAACAUUCCAUUUUUGUGUACGGUGAUAGAGAGGUUCAUGGCAGAGCAACUGCAGGUGUUUCUGGAUGAAUGGAUUAUCUAGAUCCAGUGCAAUCUGGAAUCAGUCCUAAGUUUGGGACUGAAUCAGCCUUGGUUCCACCAAUGGAUGGUGUUUUAUGAACCAUCCCGGACCCUGUGAUCAUUGAGGCCCUUCUUCAAUCUUCUUACACUGAAGAUCUGGAGAGUUCGGUUCCGUUUUUACUUCAGGGUCGUGUCCAAAAGUAGCUUUGGGGGACUGUUAUUUGGGGCCAUGGAAGUUACAUUAUGGGGUCCCCUUGGGUAAUAUUUUGUUCCCAGUACUGUUAAGAAUGGUCAUUAGGAGUCUAGGGGCAAGGUGUCAUCAGUAUGCUGAUUAUAUCCAUCUCUGUUACAUCUGAACUGAGAUGUUGUUAAAGACCUGGACUAGUGCUUAGAUUCAGUUAGGCCAGUAAGCAGAGUCUGAAUCCUGGGAAGAUUGAGGCUUUGUGGGUGGAUGGUUCCUGGAUAUGGAGAUAGGCCGGUUGCCUGCCCUGGUUGGACCUAUACUUUAUUAAUCUUCCUCCCACUAGAAAUCAAGCAGGUACCAUCCUUGAUAAGUUGCAGACACCUGAUUAAAACUAUUUUAUUUCAUAAGGCAUUUUCACCGUGAAUGCUUCUUUGAUGUUUUAAUCUAUAACGUUUAAUUUAUGUUUUAUAUUCUAUGUUUGCAUUUUGUUAGCUGUUUUGGGACCCAGAAGGAGAAUGGCAAGAUAUAAAUUGUGAAAAUAAAUCAAUAACAAAUUUGUAGCUUACUAACUUCCACAGGAUAAGAGAAAAUUGUUAAAUGACAGCUGGUUGUGCUGUGCAUAUUUAAUGUCUCUAUAACUCAAUAUAUGCAGGUACAAAGACUAUUGCGUGAAAGGUUCUGUCACCAGAGUCAAAAUGGGAAGUUGUUUGGAAUUGAGCUCCAAUACAAGUAAGGAAACGGUGUAUUUAUGUUUGUUUCAGAUAACCCCUUUACUGAUCUUGUGGACUUUAAACUGCAAGUUUAGUAGAUAACAAGAUUUCAAAGAUUUGUCCCCCAAAUACUGGUUUCUUACCCAUCCUCAAAGGGACUCUAAAAAGACUAAAACAUAUUCAUAGGGAGGGAGGAAAUGUUCCCAGUGGUUCUUAUGGCAUAUCUCAAAUGAAAGCUCUGGCUAUCACAGUGCCAUUGCCCUCCCAGCCUUAAUGGAUCAUUUCACUGAACGUGGUAGAAAAGCAACAGCCAUACUCGUCCCAGAAUUCUUUUCAGUAACAUGGUCUCAAGUCAGCACCAUAGCAGCUAUUACAUUAAGGAGGAUGAGGGGUUCUAAUCCUAACGCAGCAUCACUUGACUUUACACAGGGCUCAAAAAGAAGUGUGUAAUCUAGGUACCCACCAGUAAAUAAUGUGUUGGUGAAGAGAAGACAGCAGAAACUCUUUCAUCAUUUUUUUUUAAAAAAUUGAAUAGUUAAUAACCAUUAAAAUGAUACGAAAUCAAAUACAGUGGUACCUCGGGUUACACACGCGUCAGGUUACAGAUGCUUCAGGUUACAGACUCCGCUAACCCAGAAAUAGUACCUUGGGUUAAGAACUUUGCUUCAGGAUGAGAACAGAAAUCGUGCAGCAGCAGGAGGCCCCAUUAGCUAAAGUGGUGCUUCAGGUUAAGAACAGUUUCAGGUUAAGAAUGGACCUCCAGAACGAAUUAAGUUCUUAACCCAAGAUACCACUGUAUAAAGCUAGUCAAAAUUACCCUACUUAUUAAAAUAAGUUUGUACCUAAUUUUUUUAACAAGCUUAGAGAUAUACUUACAGAGCCUAUAAAUCUAGGGUUAGAAUUUGUCGGUAAAGAUUUGUUUUUUAAUUAACUGUCCUUUUUUUUCCCUUCCAAGAAGAAAGCUAGCUUCUUGAGAAUCAGAAAAGCAUUUAAAUGACAAUUGCACAGACAAAUGUAUUCUGUUCUAUUUCUUGGUGUCAUAAUGUGUUUUCCGGAUGGGUAAAGGGAGGUGGGCUGAGACUUUUUAAAAAUAAUGUGAUUUUGUUUCUCUGAGAUGAAAUUUGAUAUCUGAAAUUAUUCCAGGUCUAAAGUUAUUUGUAUUCCUCAUUCUCUCUCUCUUCAUCCCUUACUCAGACAAUUACUCGAGCUUCUGAAACGUACUGCUAUCAAUGGUGAAAGCAACUCUGUACUCAUUAUUGGACCUCGGGGAUCAGGGAAGACUCUGGUAAUAUUUAAUUCCAUUUAGUUUUUAUAUAUUGAGUCCCAUGUGGAAAGUUGUAACUUAAUGUACUGCAUGAAAAUUAUCAGUGAAAUUCAUUUUCUUAUAAAUCAAAUGCUGGCUUUGUGGUGAGAGGGAAGAAAUUUGUUUCAUAAUGAUGUUAAACCGAAUUCACCAGCCUAUGCAUUUUUGGUACAUAGAAUGUGACUCUCAGAGCCUUUAACCUUGCUUUAACUUGUUUAGUUGUGUGCUUUCUUUCAAACAUUUGAGAUGCUUUAGCUUCUUAAUGUGCUAUUUUAUUAGAGUUCCUACCUUUAUUCUACAUCUUUUAUUCUAUAUUGAUCUUUUUAGGUCUCUUGACUAGAAAAAUCCUUUCUAAACUUCAUAAAUAAAACUGUUUUCUAACUAAGCUUUAUUUUCUAGUUUUGAUAGGAUUAUAUCCUAUGGUAUCCAUCCAGUAAGGGGAGGCUCUUUGAACAAGUAUGUUCUCCUCCAUCCUUUCCACCUUCUCAGGCUGUUCUGAAGGAUCCCCAUAUCCUCUUGGGAUUUGAGGAAGAUGCAAGGGGAUCAGGAUACCAUUGGCUGCAAAUUUCACUCUUUGGCAUGCUUCCUGACUAAUACCAUGUAGGGAAUUGAUACUUUUAAUCCCUUGCUUUUAUUUGUUAUUAUAUUUAUUUAUAUCCAUUUUUAAUGAUACAAAUCCUUAUAUGUAAAACCAAAAUAAAACAAUUAAGACAAUAUCAAAACAUACUUGUCAGGAUCUUUCCCACAAGGCGCUUACUGGUAGAUAGCCCUGUUGUGGGAAGGCACAGGCCACCUGGAAUAGGAGCAAAUCUCUACUAUUUUUCCUCUGUCAUACCAUUGUUUUUUUCAUUUGUUGCAAUUAUGAAAUAAUUUUUAAAAGCUGCAACAAAUGUUACAUUCCACUUGAUGCAUUUAAAAGGUUGCGGUUUUAACAUGUUCUUUAUUGGAAACCAGAAGUAGUCUUAAAUCUAAACGAACAAUUAUUUGUUCAGGUUCAAAUGAAACUUUCUAUGCACAGAAAGGACUUAAAUCCAUUGGGAAUGCUACAGAUAGAAGCAGGAAUAUGUUUAUGGCAGUUUUUUUCUACAGAUUGCCGUUCUGUCUGAGAGGUUACCCCAACCCACCAGUGCAGACUUUUAGCACCAUGGGGUACAGUGGAAAAAUAAGUAGAAAUCAUUUUCUUCUCUUCUCAGCUCUCUCUCCACCCCCCUGCUCCCAAAUCCUGUGCUGGAAUCCAGUCCCUUUUAUAAACAGAUUUUCGAUUUUUGCUAUUAUAAUAGUAUAAGUCAUGCCCAUAAAAACUUGUUUCAGUUUUAAAUCCUGAUACUAUGUAGUAAGCAUAUGGCAUAAGAAUUUAUGUUUUGUUUUAUUUCUUCCUAGUUAACAUGUCAUGUCUUAAAGAAGCUCAUGGAAGUAAAGGAAGUAAGAGAAAACAUCUUACAAGUUCAUUUAAAUGGUAUGUAAUUUGGUCACGUCAGCUGAAUGUCCUUGAAGAUAGUGCUAAUUGAGCCUUGUAAUUUUGUACUGAUCUAUUUCAGUUAACAGUUGCAAGGAAUUGUAGUAUCUACUGGCAGCAAAGAUAGAAUUGUACAUAAAAGCUCUAUAAAAAGCUGUGUUAACAUAAAAGCCAUGUCAACAUAGGGUAGCUUCAUGAAAACCAAGUAUAUAGACUCAUGUGAGCAGACAUCCACAUGUGCAAUGGAAUUUCUGUUAUCCACCUUGCAUCCUUGUUGCAAGUCUGCCCCAGAUGAUCCCCUAACCACCCAGGGUAGAUUGCCAGGAACAGGCUACCGAGGGAGGAGAGAAAAGAAAAGUCAUGGUGCGUAGGUGGAAGUUCAUCCUGUUCACACAUGGAAGUUGGAUACCACUAUAUAUUAUCAGUUUUAACAAUGGGUUGCUUUAAAGGGUUGAGAUUCAACAACUUGCUGUUUAGCACAAACCAUACUUUGUUGUCAAUCUGAACAGGCAAACAGAUUUUCACUUUCCUUCCAAGAAUUGCAAACCCUGCCGUAGUCUGUAGGUCUUGUUCAAAGGGCAUGUACAAACCAUGGCUAUGGGUUUUUUUCCUAGACAGGAUUUGAAUGUGUGAGGUGAAGGAGUUGGAGAAGGGAGUAUGCAAGCUCAAGGCUUACUCAUAUAAUACCAAACAAGGCUUUGUUGCACUUGAACUGGCUAGCUUUCAUCAUUCUGAAACUAAGGAUCCAAUGCAUCUUUGAGAAAAAUGAGCAUGUGAGCCUUGGAUUCUUAAUGACAUUUCUAAAAUUUGCUUUGGAUGCUACUAUUUGUUGAAAUAUAAAAUGCAUUCUUUUUUCUGUCUUUCUAGUGGGGUUUAUAGAAUUUCCAAAUCUAGAAUAUUACAUGUAUUUGCAAUUGUCUUCUAGGGUUAUUACAGACCAAUGAUAAAAUUGCUCUUAAGGAGAUUACAAGACAGCUAAAUCUAGAAAAUGUGGUUGGAGAUAAAGUUUUUGUAAGUAAAACAUUUAGCUGUACUUAAAAAUAUAUAGUCUACAUUGAUGUACUCUUUCAACUUGUAACUAUAUCCAUAUGCUACAAAAUCAUAAAACCGUGUAAGGGACAUUGCAAACGCAAUUCUCCCUUUUAGAUUUCUUAGACUGCAACACAACCAGCUGGGUUAUUAUUAUUUAAUUGUUUAUUUAAUUGUUUAUUGUUAUACUCCCACUUACCUGAAGGCAGAAAAAAUGUCAUCAUUCCUAUGUUGUCCCUCCCCUUUAGUGACAUUUUUUUCUGUCCUUGCUUGAAGCAGGUUUUUAUAUUAUUAUUAAUAUGCCACCCACCUGACUGAGUUGCCCCACUCUGGAUGGUUCCCAACAAAAUAAUAAUAAAAGCCCUAUAAAACAGCCAUUAAAUCUUCCCUGUAGAGGGCUGCCUUCACAUGUCUUCUAAAAGUCAUAUAGUUAUUUAUCUGUUUAUCUCCUGCAACUGAUUAUUCCGCUCUGAUUACACUUUACACUUUGUAGAAGCUGUUGCAUUUUUUUUUUUGCAAUAGCAUACAGUUCUACAAAAUACAACGGAUAGGAUUCUGGGGGUGUUGUUCUGGGGGUCCCCCCCAAAAGAAAAGCCAAUUUCACGUGGUACAGUGGUGGUGGGAGGAGAGGGGGAAGCCCUGCUGCACAAAUGGGAAUGUUUGUGCAUGGGUUCUGCAGAUAGGCACUCGUUUGGUGAAUCCUGCUACAUGUUUUUAUUUUAAAGCUUAAUAUCUACCAGAUAAUCAUUCAGAUGUUGUUAUCUUUUAGGGUAGUUUUGCAGAAAACCUCACAUUUCUUCUUGAAGCAUUAAAGAGAGGUAAACAUACUUUCUUGGUGAUUAAUAACACGUUAUUGGGGGUUAAUGACAAACACUAUGACCACCUACUCCAUCCAGAUUACUAACUGGUAUCCAUUGGCAUUUCUACAACCCCUGUUUUAAAGCAGCUGCGCUGGUUGCCAGUUUUUUUGCAGGCUCAGUUCAAGCUGCACACUUUGGUAUUUAAAGCUCUAAGCAACUUAGGCCCCAAAUAUCUGACAGCCUGACUCCUUCUCUACUGUCUGCUUCUUUCAGACCAUUAAGAUCAGCAGAGGAACCCCUCUUGGUAUUUCUGUGUCCCACAGAAGUUUGCCUUUGGCCACUAGGGAGUGGGUAUUCUCUGUGGUAGCCACUAAAUUAUGGAAUUCUCUCCCCAUUGAGGUGCAUCUAUCAUCUUUGUGGUACAAUUUUCACUGUAUGCUGAAAACUUGCCUCUUUACCCUGAUCUUUGUAACUUUAUUCUCUGUUUUUUAUAUUGUAGUUUCACUGCUGCAUUAAAUAUUAGUAUCAUUCUAUUUUAAAUUGUAUCAUUGUUUUGUCACAACCCUCCCUGGGGCCUUAUGGUGAAGGGUGGGUAAGAAAAUCUGUAACUUAAAUACUGCAGUAAAGGAACUGAAGUGAAAUGUUUGGUGGCUUUGCCUUCUUACAACGAAUUGGAAGUUCUUGCUAAAUUGCAAGUUAUGUUACAGUUUUUUCAGUUGCUUGCAAAGAGAUACCUGUUGAGCUAGUGGAAGUCUUUGUGCAGAACCACUUAGUUGAAUUGGGUCCCUAAUAUUUACCUGUUUGUUUUAUGUAUUAGGUGACCGUGCUCACAGUUGCCCGGUGCUGUUCAUCCUAGAUGAGUUUGAUCUGUUUGUUCAUCAUAAGAACCAGACGUUGCUGUAUAACCUCUUUGAUGUGUCCCAGUCAGCACAGACACCUAUAGCUGUUGUUGGUCUGACUUGUAGACUGGUAAAAUGAAUUUAGUUUUCUCUUAAUAUAUGUCGCCACCAGUGCAUGUAAAUUCAGAUGGUGACUAGUAAAGAUGCUUCUCUUUAAUUGGCUAGAGACCCUGUGGAGGGAAAAGUAAGAAACUUUUAGGGAUUGUGAAUCAUUUUCAUUACUAAAUAAAGAAUGCUACUUUAACCACACUUAGUAGAACUUCCUGUGUGUGCUACUGGAGUUGAAAUAGCUUAGUCGCGUAAUACUGCUAAUAGUAUUUGUGUUGGUAGAAAAGAUUCUGUUCCUCUUCUAAUGAGGGUUGAUUGAGAAAUCUUAACAUGAAAUACCUGUUCAAAUGAUCAUUUUUAAUAGAUAAUACAAUUCAUAUAAAAAUAAUUUAAAUAAGUUGCCAACACUGGUAUGCCUAAUAAACUGAAAACUAACAUAGAUAUUUGAUAGUAACUGAGAUUUCUAGAAUUUUCCGUGGCAAGCAUUUAACCUAUGUAUACAGAAUUUCAAAUGAACUGUUUUAUAACGUAUGUAUUGAAGUUGUCAUUCUGCAGAGCUGGCAAAUGCUCAAGCAUAAUUCUGAGGUCAGUUUGCAUCCUUAAAAAGUAAAAAAAAAAAAAGGUAAAAAAGUUAUCUAGCAAUUGAUAUGUUUUUUCGUAGAUUUCUUAUGUUUUUGUUCUGUUUGCAAUUUUUCACUAGGACAUUCUUGAACUCAUGGAGAAGAGAGUGAAGUCAAGAUUUUCACACCGGCAAAUAUACUUAAUGAAUUCAUUUGAUUUUAAAAAAUAUCUGAAUAUUUGUAAAGAACAGUUAUCCCUGCCUGCAGAAUUUCCAGAAAAGUCCUUUAUUCAGAAAUGGAAUAAGAAUGUACAGGUAAUUGAAAUAAUAGUAAUAAUCAGUCAAUUGUAAUUUCUUGCUGAAGAUAUUCAAACUGCUGGGUAACAGCGCUUAUACAGCUUAAAAAGGAAUGCAUUGGAAUGUACUUAUUCUAGUCGAAAUUAGGAUCCAAGUUAUUGUGUCUGUUAGUGCACAGACUUUCACUUGUGAAAUGGAAAUUUCCCCUCCUCUUCCUUGCAAAUGCCCCUUUGGUGACCUCAAAAUCAGCUCUGGAUAGUUUGGGGACCCUUGGAGCAGAUUUUGGAGUUGCAUGGGAGGAGAGGAAAGGAAAGUCUUGUUGUGUGAGCAGAGUUCUGUGUACAAGCCAUCAUUUCUAAUUUUAAAAGGAGUAGAAAAAUUGCAUAUCAAGUAUUACUUGAAGGUAUUUUAUUGCUUCCCUACAUUCUGUUUUCAAAACCAGCCGCCAUGUACAUCUAGCACUGGUAUCUGCCUCUGUAAUUAAAAAUUAGUUUGAAAAUUGCAAUACUAGAUUGUAGAGUUCUAGCUUUGUGAGUUUGAUGGACUUCCAUUUCAUGCAGCUCAAUGUGGUGCCUUCCAUAGUUCUAGAUGUGUAUCUGAAGAAGUGUGUAUCUGAAGAAGUGAGCAUGCACACGAAAGCUUUUGCCAAGAACAAACUUAGUUGGUCUCUAAGGUGCUACUGGACAAUUUUUUUAUACAGUAUAUUUAGAUUGCAGAGUGAAGAUCUCAAACACUGUUAUGAAGAGCAACUAUGGUAAAAUUACUGCAUUUAUCACAUUUUUAAUACAAGACCCCUUUCAAACAGGUACAUAAAAAUCUCCCAAAGUGAGGUAAAUUAGUACAUAAUGACAUCAUCCUAUAAACUGAGUUUUACUAAAGUUUCAGCUGGGGAGAAGAAAACAGUUUUUAUUAGUAUUUUAGUACUUGCUUUGAAAGGUGAUUGAGAGCAAAGUUUUCAUCCAACUGGUCCAAUCCAAAUAACUAUUGUACUGAUCAUUGGCCAUGACAAAUCUGAAUAAAUAUAAGCAAAAUAAGUACAAGCAAAAGGAAUGCCGCACCACAAAUAAUAGUCUCUAUUUAGAUCUCUUUGUCUCCCUUACAGUUCACUGCCGUAUGGUCCAGCGUCUUCUUUCUGAUCUUUUUGUUAAAGCCAACCACAUGGAUUGCUUUUGAUAAAUUAUAACAGAUUAUAUUUUUGUGAUCUUCCCUGAAUCACUUUGUAUUAUCUUAUCAACUGUGUUAUCCUACCACCUGUAUAAAAAUGUUUAGGUGAAUUAAGAUGACUAGCUUGCUUAACAAUUAUUGAUUUUGAAAAUAAUGUUUUAGUCUCUCUUAGAAGACCAAAAGGUGCAAGAUGUACUGCAAAAUCAAUUCCAUUAUAGUAAAGACCUGCGGUCUCUCUUCAUGUUGUUGGUAAGAUCUUGGCACGUUUAUUUCUGACUCACAUUUUACUGUUAUUCAUGAAAAUAAACUGAUACUUCUAGUUACGAAUUGAGUUAAUACAACUACUAUAUAAAAGAAAACUAAUAUGGAAAGGAAUAUGUUUUGAUACAGCAUGCUGGCUUAAGCCCUUUUCUAGUGGUAAAUGUUUUUCUGAGGAUGGGAUCCAGAGUUCACUCUUGCCACCAGCAGUAUUCCCUGAGCAGAGUUCCACUCAGGAGAUGCACUUAAGGGCAGAAGGUGAUUACCCUUUCUGUAGCUCAUAGUAACACUUUCCCAUGGAGCGGUGUGGAAAGUCUGUGCCUUUUAAGUUCUAAUAAAAUUCUGCAAGUCCGACUUCAGUGAUGUACUUGUGAGUCAAACCACUUCAAGAUUUUGAUGGCAAUAAAUACAGAGAAGUCUUAAAAUAAUAUACAGUUCUAUUUGCUAAUGAUCACAGCCAUUGCUUGUGCAGUACAAGGCUCCCUGUUGACUCUCAUGACAUUUAUUUUGUUUGGUGUGUCUUACUGUCUUAAGAGCCCCCUCCAGACCACUGGAAGGACCUCUAUACAGUUAGGAAUGUUAAAUAUUUCCCCUUUAUUCUGUUUUAUGUAUUCUGACUGCAGGAUUUGGGUUCAGAAACUGUGUAGAGAAACAAGUUUAUUGAGGUUCUGUCUCUGGCCUGGUUUGAAUAUAACAUUCCAGGCUCUAUAAACCAUUUCUUAGGAGACCAGGGACCCAUGUCAUGCCCUCAUGCUUGUCUCUUGCCCCUCCUCUCUGCCUGCAUACUAGCUUUAGUGAGGAUAUAUUGGUUUCUUCUAAACAAGAAAUAUUUGUUAAGUCUGAAAGAGGAAAUUCUGCUUUAAAACCAGAUUUACUGUUUGGUGUGGGCAGUAUCCAAAGUGGGUUAACUCCUGCUUGCUUGUCAGGCAUAGAAUCGUGUGACUUGGCUUUUUGUACUGUUCCCUCUCCAAAGGAAUUCUUCUCCAUUUCUUCCCUACCUUUCAAAAGGAGCAAUCCCUUUCUCCAAAGGAAACCCCUGCCCCAAGACCACCACUUUGCUUUCCUCAGGGAAGUUUCUAUUGUGGGGAGAGCUCUAUUGCAUGUUCCUUCAUCACGGUACAGUGACUUCACCCACUGAAGGUCUUGCAUAGCUUUUACAUAUUCUGCCUUAGAUAUCGCCAACACUACACAAGUCAUGGAGUGUUGGUACUGUGCAAGUUUUUUCUGGUUGGUGUGCGGAAGUAUUCAAGACCAUACCUUUACUAAGAUGUGCAUAUUUUCAACAAGGAGCCCUCACCCUUAUGGGUGGCCAUCACCUUGUUCAAAAUUGCACCACAAGAGGUCUUCACCUCUUCAAUUCCUCCAUCACAACCCACUGUUCCCUUAACUUCCUUCUAUAACUGUAUUUUUCUGCUACAGUAUUGGCCGUGGCCUCAAACUUGGGAAGGACUUUCAGAGAGGGCAUAGUGCCAAAAAGCCCAGUCACAUGAUUUUCUGCCUCCUUUCAAAAUAGGAGUUCACAGACCAACCAGAAAGAACCUUCACUUGUAAGUACCAAUUUUCCAAUCUCCACGCUGCAAACAUUAAUUUUUUUAAGAGUAGUUCUCUUUAUAAUGCAGCCGAAUUGGACUUAAAUCCAUCUAAGUUGUUCUUGGUCUGAUAAAACAUUGUAUUACAUUUUCUGGUUGCCUCCUGAGCAUUGUGUGUUGUUUCCAAAAUUACUUCUGUUUCAAAGAGUAAAAUAAGUAGGUGUAAAAUUAUGAAAGAUCCUAAAAAUGGAUAUUGCAAUCAAUAUAUAGCACUGUUGGAUAGAUUCUGCAGUAAUACUCUCAGUUGAAUGUUACAAACUAUUUUGUAUUGUAAAUAACUAUUGAUGCUUUUAUAAUGACUGAGUCAUUAAAUAUUUAAAUUAUUAUUUUGUCUUCAGAUGCUUGCUUCAAGUAGUAUAACUGUGUCUCACCCGUAUAUCAAUGCAUCAGACCUUCUUGAAGCAGGCAAACACUGCAGAAUGGACUCUAAAGCAAAUAUUGUACAUGGUAAGAUGACAGUGUGUACUUACUAUCUUAAAUUAUGUGAGCAAGUUCUGAAAUGCACUUUAUGUGCUUUCUUUGUUUCAAUUGGAUCAUCAUGCCCCAAAUAAUGCUUUGAAGCAUGCUCUGCAAUUGGGUGUUUCUCCCUCUCCUCACUUGCUCUUCAUCCUUUGUGGAUCUCCAGAUUCUCAGGGAUGGCUGAAGUGGGCACUAAAUGCACGGUUUGUUGAGGCUAGUCUUGACACUGCCACACAGCAUCAGACAUGUCUCAGUGGUAGAUCAUAAAUAUUGGGGAGGUGGAAUAAGGCAACGCUUUAAGUAUGCUGUCGCCAGUGAGUUUAUGGCUUUAUGUUUAAUAAUAGUAAGACCUCAGGAGAGUGCUGGCAACCUGUGCAGCUCCUGCAACACAGGUGUUAUACCGGAUGUGGGUACCAGUGGCCAGUAGCAACUGGGUUGCAAAAUUCGGCACCAACUGCAGCUUCCAAAUCAGCCUCCGUGGUCACACAACAUAGAAUGCAUUACAGUGCUCGAUCUUUCAGGUUACCACUGCUUCAACCACCAUAGUCAAGCUAUCCUAAUCCAGGAAUGGCUGCAGCAGAUGUUGGUAAAAGGCUUUCUGAGCCAUGAAAGUAACCUGCGCCUCAAGCAAUAAGCCUAGAUCCAGAGUGACCCCUCCCCCACAAAAAAGACUGCAUAGCUGCUCCUUUAGAAGGGAGUUCAAGCUGCUGACAGCUCCAGACAAUGGAACCACUCAACCACAGUGCUUCUGUUUUGCUAGAAUUUAAGCUCAGUUUAUUGGCCCUCAUCAAACCCACACUGCAUCCAGGAAGUGGUCCAGAAUUUGCACAGCCUCAGCUGUAGGCUAUUUGGUCUCUGAACCAUCUGGGAAAGCUUCGCUGGCCAACAACUACAAGAUACAGUGGUACCUCAGGUUAAGAACUUAAUUCGUUCCGGAGGCCCGUUCUUAACCUGAAACUGUUCUUAACCUGAAGCACCACUUUAGCUAAUGGAGCCUCCUGUUGUUGCCGCGCCGCCGGAGCACGAUUUCUGUUCUUAACCCGAGGUACUAUUUCUGGGUUAGCAGAGUCUGUAACCUGAAGCGUAUGUAACCUGAAGCGUAUGUAACCUGAAGCGUAUGUAACCCGAGGUACCACUGUACAACGUACCCAGCGAGUGGGGUAGGUCCUACCCAACAGGUUGUCAUCUUGGGGUAAAACCAUGUUAGGCUUAGGGUUGUAAUUAACCAAGUAGACUUCCUUUCCUUUAUUUUAUAUUUGAAAUGUAAAGUCAUCUUUCCUUUUGAAAGCUUGAAGGAAGAAAUAAUAAAAAUAGUUUCAAAUAGCUGUUAACAUUUUAGAUUAGGCAUUUAAAAAGCUAUACUGCCAUGAAAAUAGCUAUUAAGAAUUGUCUUCUUUCUCUAAUAGGUUUGUCUGUGUUGGAACUCUGCCUCAUAAUAGCCAUGAAACAUUUAAAUGAUACUUAUGGAGGAGAACCAUUUAAUUUUCAGAUGGUUUAUAAUGGUAAGGUGACAUCAGAUUCGCUACAAAAUGCGUAGUUUAUUACCUCUAAAACAAAAGUGUAAUAUAAUUUGUAUUUGUUUUGAUGUAGAGUACCAGAGGUUUGUACAGAGGAAGGCACACACAGUGUACAGUUUUGAGAAACCUGUUGUUAUGAAGGUAUGUACUUUACUACAUUCUUUUGAAAGCUUCUGUUUUAGUGCCACAGAGGACAAAUAGUUUGAAAUAAGAUUGAUAGAAGAACUGGAACUGUUAAGAUUUAGCUCCCAUUUUUUAAAAAAAAGAUAUUCUAAAAUGUUUUAGGGUUGUAUGCUUUACAUAGGUGUCAUUGUCUAUCUUAGUCUUUUCAUUAUUGUAUUUGGUACUCUGCUGCCCUCUAGUGAACAUUGUAUGCAUACAUGUAGCUUUUAUGCUGCAAAUGAGGUUUUUUUGUGAUGGAGAUGCUGUUUUAGAAAAUGAAAAUAAACAGUCUAAAAUAGAGGCAAGAUUUUGCUGCAUCUUAAUUCUUAUUCAGUAGCAAACUGUAAUCUAAAAUAUCUGUAACUGUAAAUUAUGUUGAAUUUAUCUGUGGAUGAUGGGGAAAGAUUCUAAUGAUGAUUUGGAUUUUUUAUUUUUAGGCUUAUGAACACUUGCUGCAUCUUGAAUUGAUAAAACCUGUAGAAGGACCAUCUAUGUGCACACAGAGAGAAUACUUGCUAAUGAAUCUUCUUUUGGACAACAACCAAAUUAUGGAUGCUCUGCAGGUUUACCCAAAUUGCCCAACUGAUGUAAAGCAAUGGGCUACAUCUUCAGUAAAUUGAUUGUGGAUUUGAAAUAUUUGAUGAGAUUCUGGAAAGUGGUACUUGGUUACAAAUAAACCAGACGAAAAAUCGGUGUUAUCUAUUGAAAGAUGACCUUUAAAAAUGUUCUUCAACUGCCCAAUGUACUUGAUUAAAAAGUGUAUCCCUCUUUUCUUUGGUUUAUUUGUUAAUAUUUCCAAAGAAGUGGAUUUUGAUCUGCAACAGAAAUCCAGUUUUCUGGGUGAUACCCAGAUUGGAGUGAAUUCAUUCACUUGAGUCUGUUGCAGUGGAUCUACGCUGUGUAUGACUAGUGUUGCAUACAGUCUGGUGUUUACAUUUUUCUUUUGGUUGUUGUCUAAUAAGUGAAUAAAGGAAAAUGUUUCUAUUUUAUUACAGCCAGGGAAAAUAUUCUGUUUGUGUCAGUCUCUCUUCUGCUAGUUUACUAGUUGUGUUUAGUUAAACUCUUAUACUGAAAUUUUUCUUAAGUCUUCAGGAAGCUGAUGGCAAAUUAUUUUGGAUGUUGUAAUAGUUAAUACAGAGAAAACAGUUCUAUUAAAGUCCUGAUUAAAAUUGUAGGACAACUGUUUGAGAAGAGGUAACUUGGGCUGACUGCCUGGCUGGCUUUGCUUUUCCUUGUGUAGGUAUUUUCCAUCUUACCACCUAGCAGUAUUGGGGACUAUAAUUUGCAAAAAAAAUAUCAAUGUAAAUACGUAUAUAUGGAUAUAUAUGUGAACCUAUGGGGCAAUUUAAAUUGGAAGUUUAGAAUGGGGCAGUGAUGGAGUGUGGAGCUUCAGUCUUCAUGGAAGGCAGCUCCUAACCUGCACUACUCAGAGAAAGAGAAGUCAGCUUUAAUAAUUGUCUUGAAUAUCCCCACAAACCAACUGCUUUCUUAAUGCUCAAGGAGCCUUGUUUCAAAGCCUUUGGGCUACACUGUUGCAUAGCUAAAUGGGGGCUGUUAGCAGUUGUAGUUCAGCAACACACUUGUGUAUCACCUCUGGCCAUUGGCUGUGUCCACAGGACCCAAGGUUCCUCAUUCCAGCUGCACAGGGUCAAUUGCUCAUGUGGUUAUUUUCAUAAAGUUUGGGGACUGUUUCUAGCUCCUGGUUUGAAGGUUACUUCUCCAGUGGGGGCCCUCUAGAUGAUGAUGUACUCUUUAACAUCCCCAAGCAGAAUUGCCAGGAAUGAUGGUAAUUGUGUAGUUCAACAGCACUUGGGGGAAUCGGGCUGGAGAAGGCUGCCUGCUUUAAUAUGAGGAAACAUUGUGCUGUGCUGCACUUGUAAAAUGUUUUUCUAAAAAAAAUACUGAUUCUUAGCCUUGCCUUCCCUCAAACCCAGCUGUCUACCUUUUGUUCUCUUGUCCUUAUCACUUCUCAUCUGAUGUAGGACCUCUCUGUAGCCUUUACUGCUAUAUUAAACUGGUUCUUUAUCAAAAAUCCCUUUAAUUCCUAGAAGUUUCAAGAGCAGCAGAUAACUCAUGAUUCUUUGGAGCUAGUUUUUACUAUUGGAUCUAUAUUAUCAAAGCAGCUACUGGGCGUUGGUAUGUUUGUGCGAAUUUAACUUGAUUGUCUUGUUAGUACUUAUUUCUAAACUACCUCAUGUGUCUUUGCCAUAUAUGCACGCUCUAUUUUCUUCUGUAGCUUCUUUUAAAAUUCUGAAAUAGCUACACACCCGUACAGUAAUCUUAAAUUUUAAUGGGGAGUAAAUAGGGGGGGGGGAGGAGAGAGAAAAAACUGGAUUUGUAUUUUCAGCUGUUUGAUUGGAUACAAUACGUUAUCAGCGCACCUUUUUGCACACUGUCAUGGUAAACUAUAAACUGCUGUUAAAUAAUGUAUGGCAUUUAUUUUCUUUAGGAGAUAGGGCCAGAGCACGCACACAAUAGACUUCAGAAAUGAGGAAAUGUCAUUCUCAGUUGACUUUGUAAAACUGUAUGUGGAUAUUUGGCUUAUUCGGCAGUACAAAACCACUUGAUGAAAACCAGUUGUAUAAGUAGAUUUAAAAUU